GCCGCCAGCCCCGAGCACCGCCGGGCUUCAGCCGCUGCCCCCGGGAGAGGCCCCCACCCGGGCCCCGGGUCCCGGGGCUCCCUGGGCCGGGCCGAUCCCGGGGAGCCCCCGCUGCCUCCCGGAGCGGGGUGGGGAGGGGGGCGUCGCCGCCCGCCGCCGUCUCCGAGCGGGUCGCCCGGUUCGCGCCGGGACAGCGAGAGUGUUCCAUCUGCUGGGUUACUCCCCAAGUGCUCGCAGCAGUGGAACCAGGGCUGGAACCAAAGCCAGGACCAGAGACUCCAUCCCGGCUCUCUGACUUGGCUGGCAGAGACCCGACCGGCUGAGCCGUCACCUGCUACCUCCCAGGGGCUGCAUGAGCAGGAACGCGGAACUGGAAGUGGGACCACGGACUCAAACCCCGGUGCUGUGCUGUGAGGGCGCCGCAGCCGGAGAUGGGUGGGCGGCCCUCGCGGCAGCGGCCGCCCAUGGAGCCGCCGCUGGCCCUGGACGCGCUGCCGCCCGAGCUGCUGGUGCAGGUGCUGAGCCACGUGCCGCCGCGCGCGCUGGUGACGCGCUGCCGCCCCGUGUGCCGGGCCUGGCGCGACGUGGUGGACGGGCCCACCGUGUGGCUGCUGCAGCUGGCCCGCGACUGCAGCGCCCAGGGCCGCGCGCUCUACGCCCUGGCCCAGCGCUGCCCGCCCAACAGCGAGGACCAGGACGAGCUGCCGCUGUGCGCCCUGGCGCGCUACUGCCUGCGGGCCCCGCUGGGCCGUAACCUCAUCUUCAACUCCUGCGGAGAGCAGGGCUUCAGAGGCUGGGAGGUGGAGCACGGCGGGAACGGCUGGGCCGUGGAGAAGAACCUCACCCUGGUGCCAGGGGCUCCUUCCCAGACCUGCUUCGUGACUUCUUUCGAAUGGUGCUUCAAGCGGCAGCUCGUGGACCUGGUGAUGGAGGGGAUCUGGCAGGAGCUGUUGGACAGCGCCCAGAUUGAGAUAUGCGUGGCGGACUGGUGGGGCGCCCGAGAGAACUGCGGCUGCGUCUACCGGCUCCGGGUCCGCCUGCUGGACGAGUACGAAAACGAAGUGGUCAAGUUCUCGGCUUCACCCAACCCGGUCCUUCAGUGGACAGAGAGGGGCUGCCGACAGGUCUCCCACGUCUUCACCGACUUCGGCAAGGGCAUCCGCUACGUGUCGUUCGAGCAGUACGGCAGGGACACGCGCUCCUGGGUGGGGCACUACGGCGCCCUGGUCACCCACUCCAGCGUGAAGGUGAGGAUCCGGCGCCUGUCCUAGCCAGCCAGGACGCCCCCGCCGACUGCAGCUGCGAGCCAGAGGCCGGGGGACAGUGGGGGUCCCCGGGGCUUGUCCUCAGCACACCGCCCAGGAGCCCCACGUGCUGUGGACGGUGGCCCUCGUGCUGUGACAGUGCCUGGGCUCCAAGCAGGCUGUUUACAGUUCCCUCAGCUCCCGGGGUGCGGUGACCCAGACUGGCGAUAGUGAUGUGUCGGUGCUUCUGGGGCAAGGCACGCAGGGAGCAGGGGUCAGCUGGGGCUGCAUCUGCCCCCCACCAGACCAACAGCUUCGAAGGAAAGCUUUCCUGCCGUUUUGGGGAUCCCUGGCAGCAUUUCUCAGAAGCCAGGUUUCCAGCCCCACUUCCCAAGGCAGCCCACCUCCUGCCUGAGGAGCGCUCUCCGUCCCCCCGGGCACAGCCGACAAACUGGCUCAAAAAACGGUGCUAGGCCCAAGGGCCAGGUGCGUUGUGAUCCGUGCACUUGUCUACCUCCGGCUCCCUCCCUCAGAAGCCUGGGGGCCCUCCUGUUUAGAAUCAGAGUCUGGAGGCCCGGUGCCAUGUGGGAGUCCGAGGGACGCUGCCCGAACCCCGGGACAGCUGAGGCGCCCAGCGCUCCCAGGCUGGGUCUCGGUGCCGUUCCCUGCAGCUCUCAGGUGGGUGCCACUGGCAGUGCCCUCUGGCCCAGGCUCAGGGUGUGAAUGACCAGACUAUGGGGGGGGGGUGGCGGCAAGGCUUGGGCUGCAGCCAGGCUCCAUCGCCCAGUGAUAGGAACACAGUCCCCACUCCUUAAAAUCCGAUGUGGGGGCCGAGGCCUCUGAUCCAGCUCCCUGCUGAUGCCCCUGGGAAAGCAGUGGAAGAUGGCCCAGGUACUCAGGCCCCCGCCACUCUCGGGGGAGGACCAGAUGGGAGCACCAAGCUCCUGGCUUCAGCCUGGCCCAGCCCCAGCUUUUGCAGCCAUUUGGGGAGUGAACCAGCAGAUGAAGUUCUCUCCCUCUAACUCUGCCUUUUGAAUAAAUAAAUCUUAAAAAAAUCAAAUGUGGCCAAGCACAUUCACUCACAUUAUGUGAGGUCAGUAUUACUGUCAGUGCCACGUUCCACGGGAAGAGGCUGGGGCCGAGGGAAGCCCAUAGAAUCAGGUCACCGAGCAGUUAAGAGGCAGGUGCUGUGGUGCAGCAUGGAUGCCUGGAGUCCUGGCUGCCCCAGCUCCGCUCCAGCCCAGAUCGUGUGCCCGCAAAGCAGAAGAUGGCCCCUGCUACCCACCCAGGAGACACGGGAGUCCUGGGCUCCUGGCUUCAGCCUGACCCGGCCUUGCUGUUGAGCCUGGGCAGUGAGCCAGUGGGUAGAGGCAUGCCAUCACUCCACCUU